UUGCCUCCUCUCGCUCGAGUCAAAGACGCUCCAAGAUGCAGCAGCUGAUCCUCCUGUGCGCUCUCCUGGCAUCCUUCUGGACAACCUGCACCGGAGCAGGAGACUGGUGCUAUCAGUCCCAGUUUGCCUGCGAACAUCCCUGCAAUGCACCAGAAAAGUGGGACCACUCCUUCAAGGACUGUGCAGGAACACGCCAGUCACCCAUCAACAUCGUCACCAGAAAGACACUGAAAGAUGAGCGUCUGACUCCGAUACAGUUCAAGAACUACCAGCAGAUCUUCAGGAGCAACAUCAAAAACAACGGACACUCAGUUCAGGUCGGAAUUCCUCAUCUGAGCACCAUCUCAGGUGGAGGCCUGGAGGGCACCUACAAGGCCGUGCAGUUCCACCUGCACUGGGGCAAGAACGGAGGACCUGGCUCCGAGCACACCAUCGAUGGGGAGCAGUAUCCCAUGGAGCUGCACAUUGUUCACAUGAAGAGCCACUACAUUGAUCUGACAACAGCUCUGAGAGAUCCAGAAGGAAUCGCUGUUCUUGGAUUUUUGUACGAGAAAUCCAGCAGUUCAAACAAAAAGUACGAGCCCAUCAUCAGCAGUCUGAGAAGCAUCAAGUCCACAAACGGUAAUACAUCUCUGCCUGCCAUCUCCCUGGCACAGCUGGUCCCGUCUGAGCAGAAUAUGACCUCCUACUACCGUUACAAAGGCUCCCUGACCACCCCGGGCUGCGCUGAGGCUGUGGUUUGGACCGUGUUUGAGAAGCCCAUCCCUCUGAGCAUGGACCAGCUGAGAGCUUUCUCAGAGCUCCAGUUCCAUGACGGCAAGCAGAUGACGGGAAACUUCAGGCCCGUCCAGCCCCUAAACGGCCGGCAGGUGUUCCGGUCGGGAGGCGCCGUGAUCCUGGCCAGCUCCGCCCUCCUUCUGGCCGCCAUCGCCACGGCGUUGGGACUGUCCCAGCCCAACUAGAGCGAGGCGUCCCGCGCUGCACUGCGACAUCCAUGAACACAAUAAGCUCUGUAUCAAUCCUCAGCUGAGCCCUGGUUUGUACCAUCUUACUCUCACGGUUGCAAAGACGAUGGACCACGUCGUAGUGCAGGCAUUUACCCGCCUGGUGUUCCUCCCUUAUGACACAAAUGACAAAGGCGUUCGAGGAAUGCCUUACGAAAGGUGCUGUAAGGGGUUGAUCAGCAUUCAUGCAUGCAUAGUGAAAGAGUAGGUCUUAUUUCAGCAUUAUGAAUGUGCCAUAAAGCAGGUUACUGAGCACUCAAAGUGACAACUGAAUUCAAACUCAACCCCAGAUCCCUUAGUCAUUCCCUCAUUUCUCACAGCAUCAUCCUAAACACCGACACACUCCUCGAACACUUAAGACUCCAUCCCUCCCUGUCCAAUGUCAGGUAAAUUUAGCCUCUGCUAAUGUCAGAGUGACUUGCCGUUGUCAGCCCCAUUACCAAGCACGUGAUGUGUUGUUAUUAAUGGGGCAUGUGAACAGCAUGGAGUUAUAAAUAGCAGAACUGAGUCAUAAAAACAGGCUCCAUUUCAAAGCCAGCGGUCACAGGAGUCAGCAGUUUGGCUUUUGUUUCAAAGUCCAGGAGCACACAGCACGACCGGCAGGUGAACCCUCACAGCCACUCAGCCGGCAGCUGGGUCGGGGAAAAAAGGGGGCAGGAGGGGUGGCAGGUGUAAGGCCUUUUCCCACCAGCAUCCAGUGGCAAGAAAAUCCACGAAGAACAAACGCAUGCUGUUCUCAGAGCAGAGCUGCAGCCAGAGGAAGGCGACACCUGAGGCAAAGAUGAUGAUGAUGAUGAUGCAGAGAUGCUGAUAGCGGGUCACACAGUGAGCGACAGCGUCUGCAGCGUGAGGACACAGCGACACAUCUCGGAGCUGAGCAGCACGUCUUCUCCACCAUUAUUUUCAUGCAUCUCGAUCGUGAAUCGCAUGAGCCCGCAUGUCUUGAUGUUUUCCAGAUGUUUAGUAUGAGCUACACGCACACGGCUGCCGGAGUGAUGCCGCACACACACUCAUCUGUGCUUGUCAAAUUCAUACACACACAAACACACACCUCUGUUUCCCCCCAGUUUUGACCCAUGAAGUUCAGUGAGCUUAUCGUGAGAACAUGUGACUGUGUUCAUGGCUUGUAUUUCAGGCUCUGGGAUGCACUGAAUGUUAUCGACUGUGAAUUACACCCCACUGAGUUCUCACUCAUUUAUUCAGGAGGACUCGUUAUGUAUUCUAGUGAGAGAUCUGUGCAAUUUUCCAGCAAGAUUUAUCGUGUUGAUAGAGCAAGGAAUCUGUAUAUUUUCCAUUGUUUCAUAAGGCAUCGGGUUAUAUUUCUAUGCUGUGCCAUUGUACACAUGUAUUUAUGUACUGAAUGUGUAUAUUGAUAUGAGAUGCACAGUUAUUGUUAUUUAUGUAUUGCAAAGUUUAUAUACAGUAGUACUGAAUGCAAACCUAUAUAUGAAGCAUCGAGUUGUUCAUGACCAAUGGCGUUUACUUAUGAUCUUCAAGUGUAUGAGACUGUCAGGUUGUAAUGCUUGAAAGUGUCGUAAAAAUUAUGGAGAAUGUGUUCCAACUGAACAAUAAACUACUUACAUGCCUUUUUAA